AUGAAGUACGGCCAGCACCUCGAAGAGGCCUCGCAGCCCGGCUGGGGUCUGCACAACGUCGACUACAACGCCCUCAAGUACCAGAUCAAGACGCACACCUCCCGCGACCAGGCCACGGCCGUUGCCAUCCCUGGCCAGACUGAUUAUGCCUUGCAACGCUUCGAGGACGGCUUCUAUGCCGAGCUCUGCGCCCAGCAUGACCGCGUCGGGCUCUUCGUCUCCAGCAAGGCCGACGAGAUCUCCAGGCGGAUCCGACAUCUGUCUGGACUGGUCAAGCGCCUGAUUGCGCGUUGUCAGAACGAGGCUGCCUCCGAGGCCAGCAAUCCCCUCGGCAACGGGAACGGCAGCACGGGCCCCUGGAUCAAGCGGAGACGCAAGUUCGCCAAGUACUCGAUGCAAGCUGCGGAAUGUGGCGACGACAUCAAGACCCUCAUCCACUUCGUCGAUGCACAGAUAGUUGCGUUUCGCAAGAUCCUCAAGAAAUAUAGGAAAUGGACCGGCUCGACAUCGCUCAACAGCCGCUUCAGACACAAUGUCCUGAGCUCACCAAAGAGUUUUACCCAGCGCGACCUCCAUGCGCUACAGCUCGAGCACCAGGAACUGCUUUUUUUCAUAAAAAGUGCCCCUCCAUUGUUGCUGGCUCCACCGAACCGCCAGUCUGUCUACGAUCCCCGGAGCCCGUCACACGCGCCUUGGCAAGAACGCCCGUCUUCUCGUACCAGGCCGACUGCGUCACGUUGCAGGUCAGAAGAUGUUUUCGAACCACAGACCCCAACAUCCUACUGGAACGAAUAUGACUGUGGUAGUGAAGCCGGCGACCAUCGCGAGGACGAUGGCUUUGCGAUAUACAUCGAUCCUGACCAGUCUGACUUCCCCGACCUUACACAUAUCAAGCAGGUCAUCAUCGCGCCGUUUGGGAAGCUCCGCACCUGGUUCAAGCCGAGGCAGCACACAUCAUUUGAAACCCGGCCGUUGCUCGAUGGGGCCGAGCAGCAGACCGAUUAUUUUACGGCCAGACAACGCCCAACAGCAAUCAUCCACACGGACAAUGAGGCGACCGAGGACGAAUACAUAUCCUCCGACGAGCAGUCUGUUGGGAAUGACGAUCCGCGGUACACUUCGUUCGACAAACUCGAGAACCAACGAUUCGACGACUAUCGCGAAUCCAUGAUGGCACGCGCGUCCAUCAUCGCGUUCACAGCCGCUUUUGCCCUUCUGAUCCUGUCAGGCGUCCUGGUCGUAACAGCGGGCCCGGGCCUUAGUCUGCAGCUUGGGGCUGGCGUCACCGCCUCAUCCGUAGCCAGCCUGUUUUGCGCCUGCAUGGGUCUUGGUGCGAUGUUUGCUCGUGAUGAUCCGGUCACGUGGAUUUAUUGCUCUACGUUGUGGGCGGCGUUUGGAGCUGUCGCUGUCUUGAAUGGCUUCCUCCUUGUGGUAGUCGUUGAACGUGCUGGUAUAUGA